UACUGGUGCUGCUCAGUGCAGUUCUGUGUUUAACUUUUCCUCAGGUCAUUGCAAGGGAACAAUUCACUGGGAAAGAAUGGAGCCGCUGUCGGGAUUACCUUCAGAAGUUUUACAACCUGAGUACGUCUGAACACUCUUCCUCCAGGAGUGGUGUCUUAAAACUAAAGAUUAGAGAAAUGCAAAAUUUCUUUGGUCUCCAAGUGACUGGGAGGCUAAACCAACAGACAUUGGACAUGAUGGGACAGCCUCGCUGUGGUUACCCUGACGUUAACGAAUACAGUUUUUUCCCAGGACGCCCAAGCUGGCCCAGUAACACAAUAUCCUACAGAAUUCUGAAAUACACCCCAGACCUGAGGAGGGAAGAAGUGGAUCAAGUUAUUUCCAUGGCAUUCCAAGUGUGGAGUGAUGUUACUCCUUUACGUUUUGUGAGACAGACCUCUGGACAGGCUGAUAUCAUGAUAAUAUUCGCAGCUGGCUAUCACGGUGACAAUGCACCAUUUGAUGGGAGCGGUAGAACUCUGGCUCAUGCUUAUGGUCCUGGACGUGGUAUUGGGGGUGACGCGCACUUUGAUGAAGAUGAACAGUGGACACUGUCCAGAUAUGGGAUCAACUUGUUCCUUGUUGCGGCACAUGAAUUUGGUCACUCUCUGGGACUUGGUCACUCAAAUGUUAGAUCUGCCUUGAUGUUUCCCACCUAUCAGUACGUAGAGACAAACGGAUUCAAACUUUCAUACGAUGAUAUUCAAGGGAUCCAGACUCUUUACGGAGCUCAAACUAACGGAGGGUCUCGAACAACCAGACCCACAAAGCCACCCAGUCCCACAAAGCCACCCAGAAAUACAAAGCCAAACAGACCCACAAAGACACCUGACAAAUGUGAUCCCAACUUGUCGUUUGAUGCAAUUACCAGUCUGCGUGGAGAACUUUGGUUCUUUACAAAUGGUAUCUUUUGGCGAAAACAACCUCGAAGGCAAGAUGUGUCAUCGGUUUCCAUCAGUUACCUCAUUCCUAACAUCCCGUCGAUCGACGCUGCGGUUGAAUUUCAGAAUGAAGAUGUGAUCCUUCUUUUCAGAGGAUCUCAAUAUUGGAAAAUCAGAGGAUUUCAGAUGUUGCCAGGCUUCCCUCGGAAUAUCCUUUCCUUUGGAUUUCCAAGAUCAGUUUCUCAGAUCGAUGCUGCAUUAUAUAUCAAGGAGGAAAAGAAGGCACUAUUCUUUGUGGGAGAGCAGUACUGGAGUUAUGAUGUGACGGCAAAUCGCAUGGAUCCAGAUUAUCCAAAAAGUAUAGAAGAUGACUUUCCUGGGAUUAGUAAUGAUGUGGAUUCAGCAUUUGAAAUGGAUGGCUACUUUUACUUCUCCAAUGGUGCAACACAGUUUAAAUACAACAACAAGAACAAAAUGGUUACCCAGGUUUUCAAAACAAAUUCCUGGUUAAACUGUAAAUAGAAGAAUGAACAUUGAACUUCUGAAAAUAUUUCUUAAACACAGAUUCACACCGAAAGUUUCACAACAAGUUGAACUUUUGUGCUGGUUACUAAGUUUGGUUUAGUUUAAAUUCUUGAACUAUUUAAACAAUUGAUUGCAGAAAAAGUACACUGUGUAUACCAACAUUAUAUGCAGUGCCUCUAAAUGAUUACAGUGUUACGUUUAAAUUCUUGAACUCUUCAAACAAUUGAUUGCUAUGGCUUGGCUAAUGAUAUUAUAUGUGAUCUAAUCAUUCAUUCACUGAACGAUCACUUCAUCUGAUAACACAACUAAUACAAUGGCUAAUGCUUUCUGAUAUUGUAUUAUGAAAUGUGAUAGUUUAGCAUUUGACAUUUUUGUGUCGCUGUGGAGAUAAGUUAAACAUAGCUUCAUUCAUGUCUAGACAGCUUAUUUUUUUUGCAUCUCUUAAAUAUUCUGCUGAACCGUUUUAUUCAAGAUUUGCUAAAUCCAUUGCACUAAAUGAAGCGGGAAAAUAAA